UUUAGUAAAAGAUGGCGGCUAUGCCUGGCGUCUAUCCCACUAAAGAACCUUUGUUUUCAGCGCUGAAAUGUUUGAGUUAAAAAGGUUUUCUCGGAUAAUUUAUCCAACCAAAAUGUUGACCAAUAUGUAGUGCGUCUACAGGUUUUCACAUGUCAGACUUCUUAAACGCGUUUGAAGCCUUUCUGGCCAAGCCUGGGGGAACUGAAUCCCCAGACCCACAAGCUCAUUCGCCUCCAGCCUCUAAACCAAUCCUGAAGGGGGGCGUGGUAGUAUCGGCGCCCAGCCCAGAAGCAGAAAUCCCGUCCACGCCGCUCAGGAAAUCCACCCGCCGCCGACGAAAAAAGAAAUUAGACAGUGAGAGCUCUCAAAGUUCUGAAAACGAAUCCGAGGUUGGAUCUGAAGACACAAUGCCCUCUCGGAGAUCUAGCGCGGAGUCCCCUAAACCCCGCCGGGGACGACCUAGAGCUGAGACAGAAACCCCUCCUCCUCCUUCCAAACCCUCUAAGAAAGUGAACGGAUCGGUGAAAGAGACGAAAGAAAAGAAAGAUGAUCCGAAUGAUACAAUAAAUUUGUCUCGAGAGGUUUCGUGUCGGCUGUGUGAUAAAAAAGACUUUAACCCUGUAACUGAGGCCUUAGCUAAGCAUUAUGCAACCGCCCACUUUAAAGCACUGCUAGAGGCAGAGGUUAAAGAAAAUAAUUGCAACAUUUGUAAAGCCAAAAAGUUGCGCAGUGUUUUUAAUUCUAAGCGUGAGAUGAUUUUGCACCUUGCAACCGCGCACUCGCGCGCUGAGCACCUUCUCUCCGAUGAACUCGGAAUACCUGUGGAGGUUACCAAAAAUUCAAGGCGGAAAAGUUCGCCUCCGCCUCGGAAAGGGCGAAGAUCUCUCCGUAACAAAGACGAGGACGAGGAACAGGAGGCGGAGGUUAUAGAUCUUGACGAAAACAGUAAGACCAGUAAGGAAGAAGAGGAAACUGAUACAAAUGGAAAACAAGAAGAUAAAAAGGAGAUUGAGAAGAAUGGAAGGAAGGAGAAGAAUAAUAAAAAGGAGGAAGAAGAUGAAGGUAAAGAUGAAGAAGAAGAUGAUAUGGAAGAAGAAAAAGCUGAAUCUGAAAGUGAAUCUGUCGAGGACGAGGAGGUGACAAUUAAACCCCGGAAGAAGAUGGAUGAAGUACGAGGACCGUUUCAGUGUAAACUCUGCAUUGCAAAGAUACAAACUAGAACUCUAAUGAAGAGGCACGGAGUAGAGAAACAUUUCUUCAAGAAGAUACAAGCCGAGGGGAAUCUGUCUAAUAAGAAACCUUUCAAGUGCAAUCAAGAUAAAUGUGAUUAUGAAGGGGUCACAGCCAUAGCUCUAGUUCGACAUUAUGGUAUUAAACAUAAAGGAGUGAACAAAUAUAUGACUCAGUUGCUAGGAGAGAAGAUAAAUAAUAUCACCAAAUCUCCGGUCAAAAACGAACCUCCAGAUAAAGGAGAGAACCCGGAGAAGAAAAAGUCCGAGACUAAGGAGCUCUGGGUUGUCAAGAAGAACAAGAAAUCUGAAGCUUGGGUUGUGAAUCCUCCAGUCAGUAAACCAGAGGACGCAUUGAGCGAGGAGGAGGCAGAGUCCGAUGGGAAAACUGAUCAUGAAGAUAAUGCGAGCGUGGCGAGUGUUUCCAGCAAUGCUAGUAAAGCUAGCAAGUCCAGUAAAUCCAGCAAUGAAGGAAAGCGCGGACGUCGUGGUGGUGGCCCGACCAAUAUGGAGGAAUUCAGGAAAGCUCUCAAGGAUAAUCUCCGAACCAAGGAUGGAAGUUACUGCAUUGCGAAGGAUAAAUUUAAUAUUGAAUGUGUUUGUGGGAAGAUAGUCCGGAUCUGUAACCCUUACUAUUGGAAGUACCUGGUCCAGAAACCAAGGGUGGUCAACGGGAAGCUGUAUGCCCGCGGUCAUUGGUAUAUUUGUGAGGAGGUGAAGAGAAGAGGGUCCGAGUACCAACUCUCAGAACAGGAGAAGCUCGAGAUUAAGAAGGAACUAGAAUCUAGUAGAAAAGGCAUGAAGAGAGUAGAACCCUCGGAUAGAGAGGAUUCAGAUCGAAAGAAAAUGAAGACUAGAGAGUUCAGAGUCAAGAAGGAGGAACCAGAGUUCGAGGACGAUUUUAUCGACGACGAGGAGGAGGAGGAGGAGGAGGAGAACGUCGAGGAUCCUGAGGAGGUCAAACGUCAGGCGGACAUCAAGAAGAAUAUCCAGGAUCUUUUAAACUCACGCCAAGUCGGAGAGACCUUCCUGCAGGACGGACCCUGUUAUCAGGUCGCAUCGGAGCUAGCACUGUGUCGAGAGUGCAAACAGAUCCCUCUUUACGAGCGGGAAGAUCUCAUCCUUAAAGGAAAAUUUGCUGAAGAAAGUUCAAAUAUAACCUGCUCAUUCUACGCUUUCCGUAAACUACGGAUGACGCGGAACGGAUAUCUAAUGGUGGACGGAUAUCUGGAUCCGGUCAAAGAUCCCAAAGAAACAGAUAUUGCUCUGUGGAGCUCCGACAAGGUGAACCCUCCCAAGGACGUGGAUAUUGUGAAGAUCAAGUAUAUCCUGGGUCUGAUCGGAGACCAGUUCUGCAACAUGGUUCAACAGGAGAGGAAGUGCCUUAGCGUUCACAUGAGCACCAACAAGAGUUUAACCUGGAAGCGUCCUGUGAAGGGGGUGCGGGAGAUGUGUGAUGUGUGCAAGACGACCCUGUUCAACUACCACUGGAUCUGUGGGAUGUGUGGCCUGUUCGUCUGCCUGGAUUGUUAUCAGUUCCGGCGCGGCGGACUAGUAAAGGAUAAAUCUGAAGUUGAUAAAAUGACAGAUGAUUAUAAAUGGCCGUACUGUACUACAGGAGGUCAGCAUCAUAUCAACAACCUUAUGUUAGCGGCCAUAAUACCUAGACAGUGCCUUGUUGAUCUCGCUAAAAAGGUGCAUAGACUGCGGAUAAAGUUCAAGAUUCCCCAGUUUUGUCACCAGAGCGACGAGAUUCAAGGUUUAUAUCAAGAUCAAGAUGAUGGUUUCCUCGGCCUUCAGUCCACUGUGAACCUGGUGAACUCAGCUAGGAAUGUUUUCUUCCCCUGUCAGCUUUGUGAUAGUGAAACCUUCAGAUGGCAGUUUGAUCUGUACAAGCACUAUGCAUCCAAACAUUAUUACGAGGAUAUCCUUGCUAUUAUGGGAAUAUCAACAGAACCUCCUUACAGAUGCCCCUUCCCUGGCUGCUCCCUGGCUGUAGAAACUGAAAACCAGAUUGUUAUUCACUACGGCUUAAACCACAAGGCUCUUGUCAAGUUGUUGGAAAAGAACAAGCUGAACAGCAGUGAGGUGGUUCAGAGGGUUCCAGGGAUACGAUCCAAUAUGCUCGCUCUACCCUCUACAUACAGAUGUCCUAUCUGUGGUGCUACACUUCCUUCUAAACACAGAACUGAUCAUCUCACAGUUCAUUUUAAGGACAAAAUGUCACCCUUACUCUCCAAAGCCUACCCGUACAAUUGCCCUCGGUGUCGCUACGUCGCUCUCGACCGAACCAGCCUAAUUCGACACUUCGCCACGCGACACGGGAUAGUCGAGAUAUUUCUCAAGGAUUGGUUGGAACGGCAUGGUAGACCUGUAGAGAAAGGAUAUGUCCCUCCUGCUCCUAAACCUCGUCCUUCUGACCAAACCCAACCCGAGUGCAGGCUCUGCGAGGAGUUUCCACUCUUCACUAAAAACGGAGAUUUUCAUCGACAUCUGUCCGAGGCACAUUUUAGGAUGGAGCUCAACAACGAACUACCGCAGUCUGCUCCGUUUAAUUGCCCCAGUGCUGGGUGUAGUUUCACAACAAACACACGUGCAGCACUUCUUCCUCACUUCGGGGUCAUUCACAAGGCGGUGUUCAAGUAUUACAACAAGGUCAUGGGGUACAAGAGUGCUGAGAACGUUGGGCCAGUCAUCAUGGGAGCUUCGCGGCCCAAUAUUGGGCGGCCCAGAGGUUCCUUCACAGUGCGAGGACGUCCUCAGAUCCAGACUCAAUCAUGCCUUGUUUGUGAUGAAUCUGUGAGUCCUGAAACUAUGGUUUUUCAUCUAGCACACAAACAUUUCCAGGAUAAAGUUGCUCAUCUCUCUAAAGCCCGACCCUUCAAGUGCCCCGAAUGUCCACAUGUCAACGAAUUUCAGGGUGGCCUGGUCAAACAUUUCGGUAACUAUCACGGAACAUUUAACAAAAUCCUCAAGGACAUGGGUCUCCUGGACGUCAGGGAUGAUCUCAGCAAGUCCGGGAUAAAGUUUGUCCGGCCUCGGAUAGAGAAAUUCAUCACCUCUGGUCCUAAUAGUAACGUAGCCUUGGAGCUGGCCCGUACAGCUGCAAUCUGGAGUGGGAACUCGAGAGAAGAGGAGGAUAUCCUCAAGGAGGUUGCGGAGCUCAAGGUUCUAGAGAGAUCUGUAGAGACAGCCAUUGAUAAAACCCUUAAAGGAGAACCUAUAGAUCAAGUUAAAAAGGAGGUUAUGUCAGAGCCGGAGAUUAAAAAGGAGGUCGAGGACAGUGCAGAGGCUGUUGCCGAAUCUGAGGAUGUUGUUAAGAAUGAGGAGGAAGGGAAAGCUGUGUGUCUACUAUGUGACCAUUGUCCUCCAAUGCAAACCAACUCUGACCUACUCCGCCAUCUUGUAGAAAAACAUUUUAAACAGAAGAUGUAUGCCAAGCUUGUGUUCAAAUCAGUUCCUGGAGAUUCUAAUAAAGGAACGUAUAAAUGUCCAUUGUGUGAAUUUGAAAACCCAAAUCAGAUGAACUCUGCCCGCCAUUAUGGGAUAAAGCAUAGGUUUGCCCAUAAGCUUUAUGAAGAUAUUGUUUGCCGACCUGUGUUCGGAACUCCACUCACUAGGGACGGUUUCAUGGAUGGUAGAUCAGUCAGAGGUAGAGCUAUGCCUAUGAUUGGGAUGAAUGUAAAGCUUGAGAAAGCCCAGAUCUGCAAGAUAUGCAAAGUGGAACACGAUUCCAUUGCAUCUUACCAAAGACACUUGAUAAAAGUUCACUUUAAAACAGCUUUGCUCAAUGAUUGUCCAAAGAUGAAACCUUUUGUUUGUCCAAACGAAGGUUGUGAAAUCGAAAGAAGAGAUAGAUUUAACCUGUUAAUGCACUAUGGAGGCUGCCAAAGAAAAGUUUGGAAGAUCCUGGAGGAGACUCCUGAAGGUUCUGUGGAAAACCUGAAUGAUACUUCCAAGUCCAAAUGUCGGAUUUGUGGAAAGUAUUUCACUUCUCCUCGUUAUAUGUGGGGACACAUGGGAGAGGAGCAUUUUAGAACUGAACUAGAUUCAGACCUUCCCAAAACUGCUCCCUGGAAGUGUCCUAAAUGUCCAGCUGAUAAUCAGUACACUGGAAGUGAUCUGAGAACUCUGAGAAUCCAUUAUGGUACUAGGCACAAGGCAGUGAUGCCUCUUCUUGCUAAAAGGCUAGACAUACCCCUUGCACAGUUAAAGAGAGAGUUCCUUCCUGCAGGAGAGAACGGAAACACUUGUCAAUUCUGCGGGAAAUCAUUCUUUAGUCAGAUGGAUUAUCUUAAGCACUCCCUUCUCCAUGUGAGGAAAAGGGUGUACCAGGAUCUACCUGAAGAGGAACCCUAUCAGUGCCCUAGAUGUCCUUUCACUGGGGGAUCCAGGAUCACAUUACUCCUUCAUUAUGGUCUUCAGCACAAUGUGGUAUCAGAGCUUUUAAAAGAAGAUCCUGACACACUCAUGGUGGACAUGGACUUUAUUGUCAAGCAUAAAAAUGGAAUCUUGGAGGAGGAAAGAUUGUCAGCAGUUACAAACAUGUCAGCAGGAAUUCCUUCAACAUUUCAGGAGAGAUAUCCUGAGUUGGACAAUAAGAGGUUCCCCAAGUGUAAACUUUGUAAUUAUCGAUACUUUACUAAACUAGAUCUUUACAGACACUUUGCAGAUCAUCAUCUCAAGGAUAAGCUAUGUGAAGCUCUAGGUCCGGAUCCAGGAAAGUACCUGAAGACUCGUUGUCCUGAACAAGGAUGCAGAGAAGAGUUUAAAACCAGGCAGCAGGCCUGGAGGCAUUAUGGAAGCAAACAUGGACAUAUUCAAUCCCUCAUGGAGUCAGAGUACAAGUUCAAUAUUGAUGAAUGGCCUAAACCUAUGAAAGAGCUUGACUUGAUUAAGAAUGCCGAGGACAAGAAAAACGCUUUGGAAACCCAUCGUUUAGCUUUGAAAGCUCAUCAUGAAGCUACUCUGAAUUAUCAGGAACAGCUGGGUAUGUAUCAGGUUGAAGUUUCCAAACACAAUGCUAUUGUUCAGCAGGCCAGAUAUCAAGCAGCCCAGGAACAAGCUGAAACUAUGGCUGCACAAGCUCUUGCCUCUAUGGCAGGAGCUCCAUGUCACCAAAGAAUGAAUCCAUACUUAAACAUCCCUCCUCACCCUGUAGCUCCUCAGCCUCCUCCCCCACCACCUCCACAGCCUCCAUCACUCCGACCUAUUGAGGAUCCUGAUUGUGUUGAUAUCACUAUUCUUCCAACCUUGGAGUUCUUGGACAACCCUAAAUCUUCUCAGAAUGUUUGUGAGUUGUGUGGUGAAGAGUUUACUAAUACAAACAAGACCAGAGACAAAGGAAACCAUCAGGUUAAUCACUUCAGAGAUUCACUCCUUCAAGCCCUACCCCCAAACUGCUUUGAAUGUCCAAAAUGUUCCUUUACUGGCCGGGAUAGGAAUGCACUUCUUAAACAUGUUGGGUUAUCUCACAGAGUUGUAAAUAGUGCUCUACGAAAGGAAAUGGGAGGCUAUGUCACUGAGGUAAAUGAAGUUACCCAUGACUGCAAGGUUUGUUCACAAUUCUUUUUAAACCAAAAUGCCUUAAAUAAUCAUCUAUGUGAUGUUCACUACUUCAGCAGACUUGCUAAAGAUGUUUCUUUCUCAGCUCAACCUCCAUUCAAAUGUCCAAAAUGUACCUAUGAAGCAAAAUCUCAUCAAAUGACUGUUCGACAUUAUGGUGUCAAACAUGGUCUUCUGAAAACCUUUAUGGUUGCUGAUGGUUACAUGCCAUCUGAACCCUCUCCUCCCCCUCCUCCACCUAUGCCAAUGGCUCGGCCUGCACCCCCGACCUACCCUGAGGUUAACAUCAAGCAAUCUUUAAUGAAUCAUCUUGCUUCCCCUCACUACAAUAUGUCUCCGAACUAUCCACCUCAGAGUCCGAGAUAUCACACUGGGCAUCAGUCCUGGAUAGAUCAUUAUGCAAGUCCACAGCCCUCACCUAUCCAGCAACCUAGACAGGAGGAAAUCUCUAUCUCAUGUCCCAUAAUAAACUGCAACACAAGCUAUCCAAAUGCUCAAAUGUUGUGUCGUCAUGCCACUGAUAAGCAUUUCUAUGAUAGAUUUGCACGGGAGUUGCCAAUUGCUCCUCCCUUCACAUGUCCUAUUUGUGGUAAAAAUUCUCCUGAUCAGGUUACCCUUAUCCGGCAUUGGGGAGUGUCUCAUCAGAUGGCAAUUAAAAUCUUCAAUGAGCAGAUUGGAAGACCAAACUGUUUUGAUUCCUCUGUCCUCAAGAAAUACGAGGUCCGAGGGUUUAGAGAGCUUUGCCCUCUCUGCAAAGGAACUUUCCAGGGCAGACAGUUGUUGCUCCGUCAUCUAGCUGAUACUCAUUUCAAAGACAGAAUGUGCAACAACAUGCCUGAUAGAGAAGGUUUAGUUUACCAGUGCCCACAGUGUCCCCAGGUUGCCAGGGAUAGACAGUCAUUUGUCAGACAUUAUGGUAUUGUUCAUAAAAUGGUGAUUAAGUACUUGAAUGAAAUGGGGAUACAUAGUUUGGAUGAUGAGGGUAAAUCUGCUCCCCAAUCUCCUGCUACUCCUCAACCAACAUAUGGACACAAUGAUUCAUUUUCACCUAGAGCAUACUCUGAACCCAUGGGGAGUCCGAGCUACUACAGUCCUCAUCCACAAACUCCUCAGCGUAGUCCUGCUUACCAUCCUAUUGAUCCUCAGCAAUACUCGUCUCCUUACCCUUCUCCACAGUACAAAUCUCCACAGUAUGUUAAUCAAUCUCCAAGGAACAAUAUUGCUUCUCCACAGGAUCUAUCCUUACAGUAUGGAGUAAGAUCACAGCAGGUUUACAACCAGUAUGAUCCUAGGUACAACCAGCCACAGGAUCUCUCUGCUACUCAGCCCCAAGACUUAAGCAUGCAUAUGCCACAAGAUCUGUCAAAGUCUAACCAGCCAAUUGAUUUUUCCAGCCAUUCUACUCAGCCGCAAAAUUAUCAUGUGCAAUCUCAACCUGUUAAUUUGGUUCAGAACCAGCAUCAACAAAGUUAUCAAGUGCCUCCGAUACAAAAGCCUUUAAAUGUGUUAGUAAAUGAUCCUUACAGACAGCCUCCUCCAACCCCUGGGAUGCCAAUGACUCCAGGGUCUCAGCAUAGCAAUCCUGGAACUCCACAACCUCCAACUCCAGGUCAGCAUAUGAGUCAGCCUGGGACACCACAACCCUCUGCUGCUCCUAGUCCAGCUUACCGUCAGCCAGCUACUCCUCAACCUGUCUAUCCACAGCAGGCUGAGUUCAGCUCUCAUCCACAUACACCACAACCAGUUAUUCAUCAGAACCCUCAACAUAGCUCUGCAGCUACACCUGUCAUGCCUGGACACUCUGCCACCAGUGCUUUCCAGGUUCAGAAGAAACCUGCUUCUGAUUAUAUACCCGUAGGAGAUGAGCAUAUUGCUGCUCCGGAUCCAGGAACUAGGGGUCCUUAUGGAAUCUUUUGCAACUUGUGUGAAACCAUAAAAGCAAGGCAACCAAGUGAUUUCUACCGUCACUUGGCAGAAUCUCAUUACAAAUCUUUUCUCACCAGAUAUCUUCCACCUCCAGGGCCUUCUCCAAUUCGUUGUCCUCUUUGCCCAUAUGAGAAUAAAGAAAUGGGUCCAAUGAUCAGACAUUACGGUGUGGCCCACAAGAAGGUGAAAGAAGCCAUUGGAAACCAAAUAGUGGGAAAAUAUGUAACUGACUCUGAACCAGCUAGAUCUGGUAAGCCUGUGUAUGCUAGUCCUGCUCCGCCAACCUAUGAUGGUUCGGGGGAGCCCUCACCUAGACAGCAAUCUCCUCCAGCAACUGUUAGCGUCAAAUGCCCCUUUGAUGAUUGUGAAAUGGAGUUUUCUGCAAGGUAUGCCUUCUGGCAGCAUAUGUGUGAUAAACAUUUAAAGGAUGAUCUUCUAAGAUUAAUUGCACAUGCUCCGAGCACUCCUUAUCAAUGUCCAUCUCCAGGAUGCACCUACAGCACCAAAGACUCUAGACAAGCUCUGGUUCGUCAUUAUGGAAUGACUCACAAAGUUGUUCAAACAAUUCUUGGACAAAAAUUCCCUGAAUUUGCAAGCACAGAUAAAUUUGCUCUUCCACCUAAACCUGCUAGACAGAGAUCUAAAACUCCUAUCCGGGUUCCAAGUGUGGGAGCCUCAACCUCUUAUAAUAGCUAUGAUAACCAAGGUUAUGGUUUGCAACCAGUUCAACAUCAACCUCCUCAGCACAUGCCGCAACAUCUUCCUCAGCAGCAGGUUCAGGUUCAACAGCCUCAAUACAGUUAUCAACCUGCACACCAGCAGCAGAGUAUAAUCAGCUAUCCACACCAACAUCAACAGCAGACACAUCAUCAACAUGUGUACCAGGGUCAUGAUCAGUUUGAUCUUAACCUGGAUAAUCUGAACCCUUCAGAUUUCUCAAUACCAUCACUCUCUGAGUUCCUUGAUAAUCCUAGCGCAUCAUUUCCAAACCUUUCUGGAGAGGAUUUGAGUAAUACAGGUUAUAUCACUGCUCAUGGUCAUGCUGCAUCCCAUCCUAAUAUGCAGUUCGAACCUCAGAUUGAUGGAACCUUUGAUCCAACAUCUAUAGGAGAACAGUCGUUAGAUGGAUCAGGAGGAUCCAACCCAACAACUCCGGAGAAGAACAAAUCCAACAUCAGUCCUGCUCCUGCACCAACUCCUCAACCCCCUCCAGUUCAAAAGAAAUAUUGUGAAAUUUGUGGCAAGGAAUAUGAAGGAAAGAAUAGAAGCAUGAACAAAGUCCAACACAUGGUUCAUCACUUCAAGGAUAAACUGUAUGAAUCAUUGCCUCCCAAGAUAGAGGGUGAUCCUUUGCCUUUUAAGUGUCCUGAAGAUGGUUGCAAAUUUGAAACCAAGCAUAAACCUGACUGGGCAAGGCACUUUGGUUCUGUACACAAGCAUGUUGAGAAGUUGUUGAACAAAUACCUAGAGGAGCACCCCGAUGCUUGGGCUAACCAACAAGAGAACAAGGAGCUUAUUAGGGAGAGUUCUCUCAGUUUACAAACGUCUAAAACUCUCCUUGUUCCGUCAGCAUCUGUGGAACCUAGACCUCCGUCUCAGAUUUCUGGAACUAACUCCGACAAUCUGGAUUCUGGAGAGGGACUACUCUGCAAGAUCAAGGAACUACAACAGAAGAGUGAAACUUCAACCAUGAUGAUGCAGAGGGUUGAUUCUAGAUCAUUCUCCCAGGAUUCUAAACCAUCUACCAGUGUAUCAGGUCGGUUAGCUGUAGAGCUUCCUAAAUCUGAUCUCACCAAGUUCCUAACCACGGUGCUUAAUGAGAAAAAUGUUCCCCAUGCCGUUGAUCAAGGAAAUAAGAAGUUAAUCCUCAGUGAACAGCUUUCCUUAGAUGAGAAGGUUCAGAGUGUGAUAAAUGAACAACGUCAGAUCAUCAACAGUCAGAUGUCCCAGGUUCAAACUAAACCUCCUGUAAUCAACCAGGUCCAAGGAUCUUUAGUUCAACAGCAGGUUGUUUCUAAUAACGGAGUUGUUCUGUCUACUUCUACUCCAACCCUUACUAAAACCUUAAACAGAUCUCAAACCUUACUAACAACAGCCUCCAGCAACCUACAUCAACAGCUUUUAAUCAGCACUAACUCUCCGAACCAACAUCUUCUGACAACAGUAUCUGCCACAAACUCACAUCAGUCACAACAGAUGCUUUUAACAACAGCUGCUCCAGUCCAACAACAGCAGAAGAUGAUUGUUCAAACCCAGCAACAUGCAGAAAAGCAAGAGUUUAGGACUGUUCAGAUCCAACUCCCGCCUAAUGUUGUGAAACAAGCAAGUCAAGGUGGAACUCUUCAACUUCAGAUGCCUUCUGGUCAACGGCUCCAGCUCCAGCAGCAGGUUAACCCUCAGGGUGGUCAACAGGUUACUCAUCAGUAUCUUAAGAUACAAACUGCACAGGGAGAACAGUUAAUCAGGGUUCAAACUCAGCCUGGAGGACAGAUUCAGAUUGCCAGGCAAAUUGUGCAGGUUCCAUCCCAAGCCGUAUCCUCCCAACCUCAGUUACAGCAGGUUCUGCAUAGUUCACAACAACAAACUUUACUCACAACAUCACAACCCCAGUAUACUCAACAACAACAGCACAAUCCUAACUCCGGAGUCCAGGUUGAACAGCAGAUACAGGUUCAGAAGUCAGGGACACAGGACUCAAUUGUUUUGGAGAGCUUGGCAAAACAAAAUCAUGUUGUUACUCAGCAGGUUAAACAGCAACAACAGCAACAACAGCAACAGCAACAGCAACAACAACAACGACAGCUACAGUUGCAGCAGCAGCAACAACAACAACAGCAGCAGCUACAACAGCAACUACAAGCACAUCUUCAACAACAGCAAGCUCGCCUACAGCAGAGUCAAGGAUCCCAGGAGGCAGGUCAGGAUCAACCCCAUCAUGUAGUAUCAUCUCAGGUGAUAAAUCAUGGAGGUAGAACCUACCUUGUCCAGUUCCGAGCUCAGAAACCUAUUGAACCUGGUAAACAGAUUGUGAUCAAAACUGGAGGAGUCGGAGGACCAGCUCUAGUUCAAGAGGUUAUGGACGAGGUGCUUCGACAACAACAAACUGAUCAGAGGAAGAUCAGUGAACUUGCUGCUCAGCUUCAACAACAGUCUCAACAGCAUCUAGAGCAGACACAGUCAGCCAAACAGUCUCCAGUUCAGUCUCAAGCAGCUAACACAAAGCUAACUCUACAACAACAGCAAUUGCUGCUUCCUACUGAACCCCAUCCUCAAAUAGCUGCUCAGCAUCAUCAGAAGCAGCAGCGCUCAACAUCCAUCCUUCAGCAGCAGUUGGAAAAAGGAAGCAUGCUUAAUAAACCAACAGCUCCCAACCCUGUCCAGUGUAUGCUUUGUAUCCAAAUGCCCUGGUUUCCAAACCAAGAACACCUUGAUAACCAUUACUCUACAGCUCAUGGUAUCAUGAAGUCUACGGACAUGGUUGAAACAGAUGAUCUUGAUUUCUCUAAUGCUGAUCUAGAAGCAUCUCUCUCUUCUAUGACUGACCUGAAAGAUGAUGCAGGAGACUUUGAAAGUUUGCUUGAAGCUCUACCUUCUCCUGAACCUCAUGAACCUUCGGAGAUGUCUUCUCCAACACAAUCCGUCCGACGUAAGUCAGUAAAUAGCACAUCUCAGGGUGUAACUAGAGUCUGUGAGCUUUGUGGAUUUGAACCCAAAACAAAAAACAAGUCCAGAGAAAGAAUGGAUCAUCUUGCGAUGAAACAUUUUAGAGAUCAGAUGAUAUCAGAGCUAAGGAAGGAUAAACCAAUGAAGUGUCCUAGAUGUGAUGCUUUUGAAAGCAAGGAUCGCCAGCAGUUGUUUAGGCAUAUGAUCAGUAAACACAAAGUUCUAGACUAUUAUCUUGCUUCAGCUGUAGAGAAAAUGAAGGAGGAGGGAAAACAACCCUUCUAUUCAGACCCUAGCUCUCAGUCAGUUCAUAUGAACGGAGUAUCCAGGAUACAGGUUACAUCCUCGACAUCAGCCAGAGUAUCCUCAUCAUCAGAGCAGACUAUCAUUCCUCAGUUCACUCUUCCCAGUAUCAGUGGUAUGGUUAAAGAACCCGAGAUGGUAGGAACUAGUGGAGUAGUUCAUGAGUCCAUGCAGCCUACUAGCUCCGACCUUGGUAACCAACCGGUUAGUCUAGAGGAGUUCAUGGAUUCAGGGAUCCUGGAUCACAAAGCAGAAACUAUCAUGCAGGUGGACGGGAUGGAUACUGAGUCGGAGAGUGAGAUGGAACUUGUUUCUAUUUUCUCCUCCCAGGUUGACGGAAACCAGGACGGAUCUGACUCCGAGUCCACUCAUCCUGGCAGCGAAGUGUCGCAUGAUGAGGGAAAAUCAGACAAACAUUUCCGAGGGACAUGUCCCAUGUGUAAUGAGGAGAUGAAGUAUUCUAAAAUUUAUCACUUUGCUGCGUCCCACUUCCGGCCCAGGCUAAAGAACGAACUUCCUGCCUCGGGACCUUUUGUUUGUCCUCUCUGCAACGAAGAGCAUAAGCAUAGGAUGAAUCUAAUGUCCCAUUAUCUUGGUAAACAUAAUAAGUUUGAAGAAUGGAUGCGCGAGGUUCAGGCUGAUCCGAAACCAGAUUGGUAUGAUCCAAACCCUCCGAACCUUAGACCUGUUAACCGACAACCUAAACCUGAACCAGUGGAGAAAUCAGAUAGAAGUCCUAGUGUUGAUAUAUUUGAGAUGAAGGAUCGAAUAUCUCCAGCUAAACCUGAAUGGUUCUGUGAACUUUGCCAUGGAGGAAUCACACACAGAAGAGAGGUUCACUAUGCCACUGUUCACUUCAAGGAUCGACUAAUCCGUAUCCUACCCAACUCUCCUCCUUUCAUCUGUAUUAUUUGCAAGGUGGAGCACAAGCACUUCCUGAACCUGUCCACUCACUACCUGACCCAACACGGGUUCCUCAAGGAAUGGUUGACUGCUCAGGGUAUAGAAUAUGAUCCUAAGAAGAAAACCGAGGAAGUAGAGCCCCCUCAGAUGGAGAGUUCGGAGAAACAACCAACCAAACAUUUUCUGUCUUCCAGUGAGAGUGAUUCUGAAGAUGUGACAUCUGAUGAUGUUUUAAUGUUGAAGAUGUCCGAGAAAUCUAUUCUUGAGUUAUGUUUGGACAGUGCAGAUGAAAAGGUUCCCGGAGAACAGUCCAAGCUUGAACCUGUGACGGAAGCUGGUAAACCUAUUGAAACUUCAUUAGAGAAGAAACUUAAACCAAGAAAACGGUUUAAAAGAUCUCCGGGAUACAACCUGAAGGAACUUCUCCAAGUUGUGAUGGAUAAAGAGGAUGAUGUGGAGGAUAUCAAGGUUCAGAUGAAGGGAGGUCGAGAACCUCCACCAACCAGGACAAUGACAACUCUGUCUCUACCUGAAGACACAGCACCCCACAUGUGGUUGUGUGAUGGUCGUCUUCUUGUACUCACGGACAGCACACAUCAUAGGAACUUAGAGUUGUUCCAGGAACAGUGGAAAAGAGGACAACCUGUCAUAGUUGCUAACGUGAGCAAUCAUCUAGAUAUGAAUCUCUGGCACCCUAAAGCUUUCUCUGAGGAGUUUGGACAUCUUGAGCAUGACAUUAUCAACUGUAAGACCCAUAAGCUGAUCCCUAAGGUUCCACUAAAGUGGUUCUGGGACGGGUUUCAGGCACUGGAUUCUCGAAUGUUGGAUCAGAAUGGGGUUCCUAUGCUUCUCAAGCUGAAGGACUGGCCCCCCGAGGAUGAUUUUGCUCAUUACUUCCCAAAACGGUUUUCCAACUUCAUGACUUGGAUCCCUCUUCCAGAUUACACCCGGAGAGAGGGUAGAUUCAACCUUGCAUCCUACAUGCCGGAGUUCUUUGUCCGUCCUGAUCUUGGACCUAAGAUGUAUAUUGCGUACGGUAGUCCGCUCUACCCUGAGUAUGGUUCAACCAACCUACAUCUGGAUAUGAGUGAUGCGGUAAACCUUAUUGUCUAUGUCGGUAUCCCACAGGACGGAAACAAAGAUGAACACUUUCAGGCCGGUAUCCGAGCUGUGGACGAGGCGGGUUGUGAUAUGGCAACCAGGAAAAGGGUUCGUCAGAAGGGAGUUGUGGUCGGAGCACUCUGGCACAUUUUCCAUCCGAGAGACGCAGAUAAGAUUAGAGAUUUCCUGAACAAGGUUUCUCUGGAGAAGGGUUUAAAGUUGGAGCCACACAAUGAUCCUAUACAUGAUCAGUCUGUUUAUCUGGAUGGAAGGUUGAGGCAGCGUCUGUUCGAUGAGUACGGAGUAGUUGGAUACGCGUAUCCUCAGUGUGAAGGAGAUACUAUCUUUAUCCCUGCAGGAGCUCCACAUCAGGUACGGAAUAUCCACAACUGUAUCAAGGUAGCAGAGGACUUUGUGUCUCCUGAGAACCUGGAGUGGUGUUUCUACCAGACUGAGGAAUUUAGGCAUCUCACAGAUAAUCACACUAACCACGAGGACAAACUACAGAUUAAGAAUAUUCUCUACCACGCAGUCAAGGACUGUGUUUCCUUGUUGGAAAGUGUUGAGACAGAGGAUUGAAACUAGAGAAGGUGGAGAUGUAGAAAUACAUAAUUGGCAGAACAAGAGUUUACACUUGGCAGAUUUUUAUCAAGACAGAAGAAUUUUAUACUAUUGAUCAGCAGCACCGGUGGCGUAGAAAAUAGAAAAAUGAAGGCGAAUAUAACCCAAGGCGGAGGCGUAUUUUAAGCAUUCAUAGAACUCAAGGCGGAGUUUUUAGUUUUUAUAGAUUCUUAGGCGGACAUUUUUAUUCAAAAAAAGACUUUACAAUGCUGAACCAACGAAUGAACCUUAUCUCGGAGAAAUUGUAGCGUUUAUACUUAUACCUAGAGAAUACUUGAACCUUAACUCAUUAAUGAAUAAACAAAGAACAAAGGCUGGGAAUGAAUACAGCGGAACUAUUUUUAGUAUUGAAACCAAUAUAUUGAGUAAAACAGCCUGUGGUUAGUUGUACAGGGAAACCAUGAUAUCUUCCAAACAUUUUAGCUUUUUAUACCUUUACUAACGGGACAGGACGGGACCCUUGUAUCAUGAGAUAAAUUUGAACCCAGCUAGUCAGGCGGGCUGAUCAGACCGGAUGCAAACAAUAUUUUCUCCGAUUGGACAUCAUUUUAUUAUAUUUAUGUACCGUUCAGCACGGUACACACACACACAUACUGAUUGAGAAACCGCUUAGUUUCCCGUCCUAACCCGUUUAUAUAGCAGAGUAUAGCAGUCAAUCCCUGUUCUAUAUUUGAAUCUCCUUUUACUGUUAUUAUUAAUAUGAGUAUGCUUAACUAAUUACAUAUAGUAGUUGAAUUAUGGAAUGCAAUACAUGUCUUGUAAAAGCAAAAUACAUUAUAGUAGUUCUU